AGUGUAAACAGCACAAGAUCAUGGCCACUAACUACAGUGCCAACCAGUAUGAAAAGGCUUUCUCAUCCAAGUAUCUGCAGAACUGGUCUCCCACUAAGCCAACAAAAGAGUAUAUCUCUUCCCAUGAAGGCUACACUCAAAUUAUUGCCAAUGAUCGUGGUCAUCUACUGCCUUCUGUGCCCCGUUCCAAGGCAAAUCCUUGGGGUUCCUUCAUGGGCACCUGGCAAAUGCCUCUGAAGAUACCCCCUGCUCGGGUGACACUGACUUCCCGUACAACUGCUGGUGCUGCCUCCCUUACCAAAUGGAUACAGAAAAAUCCUGAUUUACUCAAGGCCUCCAAUGGGCUGCGUCCUGAAAUCUUAGGCAAGUCCCAUGAUCCAGACAGUCAGAAGACAUUCAGGAAGAAGUCUAUCACAAAGACUGUACAACAAGCACCAAGUCCAACCGUAAUUCCACGCUCCCCAGCUGCCAACCUCAAUUCCCCAGAUGAACUCCAAAGCUCACACCCCUCUGCAGGUCAUACUCCAGGUCCCCAAAGCCCAGCAAAAUCCUAAGAGCCCACCUAGAAGUCCAUGUAUGCUAGAACUCUGGGCAGGGCCUAAGCUAGCUGAGGUCCAGAAAUACAAACCUUAACUUCAUAUGGACAAGGUAGCCA